AUGCAGUUACUAUGUUAUAAAAAUCAUUCGCCAUUGCUUUUGCCACCCAAAUCAAUCCCAUCCGCCAAUUUCUCCAACCAAACCAUUUUCCACCGCCAUGAACUUUUUCAAAACCGUCUUCUCCGACGAACCCGAAUCACCACCGUCUCACAAUUCCGAUUCCGACCAACCCGAUCCAGACCACCACGACACACCCACCGAAACCACCGCUUGGAGCUUCGGCGGCCUGAUCCAAACCCUAGCAUCCAAAUCCGAAUCCGUCCUCGAAAAUUACCGCCGCGAUCUCGAAGAAUUCAGCUCCGGCUUAAAGAUUGAAACAUCCGUCAUCCGGGAAGCCGCCUCACGCGCCGUUAAAGACCUCCCUGCUUCCCUCGAUGUCGGCGCCUCCGUCGCUCAGGAAUCGCUUGAAACCGUUGGUCAAGCCAUCGAUGAUAUCGGUAGCACCGUUUGGAAAUCGACGGCGCAGAUUAUCUCUCACGGUAGGGAAUCUCUUUUAGCACCUGAUUCUGAUUCUGAUUCUAAUGAUUCAAAUAAUAUUAAGAGAGAUUUGAGUAGUAGUAGUAGUGUUGGUGAUUUGAAACGUUAUAGUAGAUUUGAUGUAUUAGUUCGUGCUCUUCAGAGUGAUGUUAAUACGUAUUUGGAUGAGCCUGAAGAUUUGGUGAAUUUCAAUGAGUGGAAAUUAGGGUUUGUGCUGGAUGAUAAGGUCGAUGAGAUUGAGAAUUUGAUCAAAGAGAAUGAUGUUGUUGAUGAGAUUUAUGUGAAAAUUGUUCCAAGUAAGAUUGAUGAUGAGAUAUUCUGGAGUAGGUAUUUCUAUAAGCUGCAUAAGCUUAAGCAAGCUGAAGAUGCGAGGGCGAAGUUUGUUAAGCGGGCUAUUUCAGGUGAUGAAGAGGAGGAUCUGAGCUGGGAUUUUGAUGAUGAUGAUAAUAAUGAUGACGGGUAUGAGCCCAAAGGUAGUAUCAGUGGGGUUUCUAAACAGGAGGAUAAUUCUGCUGAGGUUGCUGCGACCACGGUUGAUGCUAAUGUGGAGAUUGUUAAGAAUUUGAAAAUUGAAAAUGAUGAGAAGGGUGUUGCUGCCGCUGAAUCUAUAACUGAUCGAGGUGAUGAUAAGUUGGAGAAGGAGAACUAUGUUGACAAUGUGGUGUCUAGUGUUUCUGCAACUGUGAGUGAUCAAGAUGAUAAGUUGGAUAUAAAAAAUGUGGCAUCCGAAGUGAAGGCAGAUAAUGAUAACAGUGGUGAAUCAUGCAAAGAUAGUGAUAUUUCAAUUGUUUCAAGCCAGCCUUCCAUGCCCGAGGAAGAAGACAUUAGUUGGGAUGAAAUUGAAGAUGUUGAAACCAAUGAUGAAAAGAGAGGGGAUGCUGGUGCGUCUGAAAGUAAGAUUGAUUUGCAGAAGAGAUUGAGUGCGGCAACUGCUGAUGAAGAUGAGGAUCUUAGUUGGGAUAUUGAAGAAGAUGAUGAAGCUGUCAAGUCAUGACCAGAUAAUAGGGUCAGGGUCAUUAGUGAUUCAAUUUAUAAACACAAAUUGCUCAUUAAGUGUAUACUUUUUUCUUGUUUAUGAAUGAUGUAAAUAACCUCUAUUUUUUUUUAUGUAUCAUACAAGCUCAAUGCAUAAGGUAAGCACCAGUUGAAUCAUGUCAUAUUUAUUCACCUUAUUAUAACUGAGAUAUCGAAUCUGGUUCACCUAAA